CGAUUACAUUUUGUCGAGAGUUAAAGAAAGGGGGCGGUUCAGUUUGACCCGCUCUUUUAUUCUGUUUUGUUUAUCGUCAGCAGACGAUUCCAUCAUCUUUCAAUUUCAGUCUUCAAAGAGAGGGGUGACUCGAGAUUGAUAUACUCUUCUUCCAGGAAUUUUUCGAUCAAAACAGCUUUUACAAAAUGAAGAAGAAGGUGCUUUUAAUGGGUAAAAGUGGAUCUGGAAAGACCAGUAUGAGAUCAAUCAUAUUUGCCAAUUACAUUGCCAGGGAUACCAGGAGACUUGGUGCCACAAUUGAUGUGGAACACUCUCAUGUCCGUUUCCUGGGAAAUCUUGUCCUCAACUUGUGGGAUUGCGGAGGCCAAGAGGCAUUCAUGGAGAACUACUUUGCCAGUCAGCGAGACAACAUCUUUCGGAAUGUUGAGGUUCUCAUCUAUGUGUUUGAUGUGGAGUCGAGGGAGCUGGAGAAAGAUAUGCACUAUUACCAGAGCUGCCUGGAGGCCAUCUUGCAAAACUCACCAGAAGCCAAGAUAUUUUGUCUCAUCCAUAAAAUGGAUUUGGUGCAAGAAGAUCAACGGGACUUGAUAUUCCGCGAGCGUGAAGAAAACCUUCAACGUCUGUCGAAGCCAUUGGAUUGCACAUGUUUCCGGACAUCAAUUUGGGAUGAAACUCUCUACAAAGCGUGGUCGUCGAUAGUUUACAUGCUCAUCCCGAAUGUCAAGGAACUCGAGUGUAGUCUGACCAAUUUCGCUGAUAUUAUCGACGCGGACGAAGUGCUGCUGUUCGAGCGAGCAACUUUUCUAGUGAUUUCACACACAGAACGCCGCCCACAUCGAGACCCCCAUCGUUUCGAGAAAGUCUCCAACAUAAUCAAACAAUUCAAACUGAGUUGCAGCAAAUUGGCAGCGCAAUUCCAAUCAAUGGAAGUGCGAAACUCGAACUUUGCAGCUUUCAUCGACGUAUUUACAUCCAACACUUAUGUCAUGGUCGUUACGUCCGACUCGACCAUUCCUUCUGCCGCGACGCUGAUGAACAUGAAGAAUGCUCGGAAACACUUUGAGAAGUUGGAAAAGCUGAGUGAAAGCCAGUCAUCGAUGGGGGUUCGCUGAUUUUCUAUUCAAUUCGGAAGAUAAAAGGCAUUCAAACCCGUGAACCUGUUAACAAAUUAACAAAGGAGCAUCCACCCACCUCUAAUUCUUUUGAUAAUUAUGUCAUCUUUGAAGACGAAAUAGAGAGCGAAAGCCAAAAAAAAGCUGAA